UGAUGUCAGCAAUAACUGGUCGUGCUCUCCACACCUCCUUGUAACGUUAUCUACUGUACGCGCGCGCCAGUUCGGCUUGAUGGCUACGGGACGGCAGCAAAGUCCAGUGCCGUCCAAUGAGUCCCCCUUUGUUACUAUUCCAGAUUGUGAAGCAAGCCAAUUGGUUGGGGAAGAUGUCAUUUCGCUUGGCACCGGGGAUCUCUCUCUGUAUGCCGCACCAUCUGUUGCCUCGAUGGUACUUUUUUUCAUUGCCACUCGCUACUUCGCCACUUCUGCUAUCAUCACUCCGGCUACUCAGCCUCUAGCAUCAAAGAGGCACAUUGAAAACAUUGGCUCCGGCUCAUACAUUCGACUCACGCUUCCUGAGGGUCCGCUACGCGAUCCAACGCCUGGGAAUUCUCUCAAGAAACUUCGGGAUGAGUUUGAGGACGCGCUCAUAUCUCAUGGCUUCUUAAAGGGCCAAGAAGCACGCACAUACAGCGAAGACUUAGGGAGAAUUAUUAGAGAAGCUGCAGAAAACGCUGUCAACAGCGUGCGAAAUAGAACAGCACUGUGCGUAACUCGCGUUUCUUAUUUGACAGGCACGAUAGGUACAUACAUUUCGUGAUUUCACUAGACAUGUCGUCAGAGACCUAUCAGCAUCAACACCCCAAUCUUCCACUCAAUUCUCCCCCACCACCCAUUCCUUU